UAGCGACAAGCUAAAGCAUCUCUGGUGCGCGAGAUAAAAAGAUCGCAGUCUCUACUUCAAAUUUUUCGUAGUCUGUUAAUGACAAGAAUUGCUUAAAUGGAUUCAUUUUUAAAAACUGGAAAGCUCUCUAAUCAGUCUAAGGGAAGUGGAGUGCCAUUACUUCCUGGAAAUGUUGAAGAAAAAAAGCAUUCUUUAAUACCUUGGGUCGAGAAAUACCGUCCUCGAACAAUUGAUGAAGUUUCAUAUCAGGAAGAAGUCGUUGCAGUACUUCAAAAAUCACUCCAAGGGGCUGACCUUCCAAAUCUGCUUUUCUAUGGUCCACCUGGUACUGGUAAAACCAGCACCAUUUUAGCAGCUGCCCGAGAUCUUUUUGGUGAUAUUUACAAGGAUAGGGUUUUGGAAUUGAAUGCAUCAGAUGAACGAGGUAUCCAAGUUGUAAGAGAAAAAGUCAAGAUUUUCUCUCAAAGAACUGUUAGCUCAGUUAGACCUGAUGGAAAACAAUGCCCUCCUUUCAAAAUUGUGAUUUUGGAUGAAGCAGAUUCUAUGACAGGUGCUGCACAAGCGGCUCUCCGCCGAACCAUGGAGAAGGAGACGAAAUCGACUCGGUUUUGCCUUAUUUGUAACUACGUAAGCCGCAUCAUAGAGCCCUUAACGUCAAGAUGCUCCAAGUUUAGAUUUAAACCACUCCCUCGCGAAAUUUUGGUCAAAAGACUAGAACAUAUAUGUAUUGCUGAAAAUAUGUCAUGCUCAGAAGAAGUUUUGGAAAGUUUAAUCGAAGCAUCCGAAGGGGAUCUUCGAAGGGCGAUUACAUUUCUUCAAUCUAUCGCCAAUUUGAAUUCUGAAGCAUCCCCAACCAUUGAAGACAUCUAUGAAAUUACAGGGAGAGUGCCAAGUUGUUGGAUUGAAGGCCUGCUUGAAAAAUGUACUUCCGGAUCAUAUGAUGCAAUGCAGUCAUUUAUCAACAAUUUUUCGGCUGAGGGAUUUUCGGUUUCCCAGCUUCUUAACCAACUGCAUGAACGAAUCGUCUUUUCCACAGAACUUUCAUCCAAGCAGAAGAACGUGAUAUGCGAAAAGCUGGCGAUUUGUGAUCACCGUUUGGCGGAAGGAGCUGAUGAACAACUUCAGUUGUUAGAUCUUAGCUGUACUAUCAUGAAUUCGUUCCAAUAGUUCUUUGUAAUUCUAUUUCUUCUAUUGGAAUACAUUUCUUAUAGCAACUC